UGCAAAAACAAACUGCAUGCGGGCGGCGUGCGCAGAAUAGAGAAAGAAAACGAGGGGAGAGAGAGAGAGAGAGAGAGAGAGAGAGAUGUGGCACGAGGCGAGGAAACAAGAGAAGAAGAUACGAGAGGCUGUGGUGGACUUCCAGAAGAGAGCAGAGAGACGGCGACAGCACUAUGCCAAAGAGCGGAAAGAUCCGAUGCAGUUGAUGAGGGUGUACGGGAGGAAGACUCCUCUUCAUUUGAACCCUGCAGCCAGCAAGAUGAGCAGCAGCAUGAUUCCGUGGCAAGGGGACGAAGCUAACAUGAUAUCGCGAUACGAUGUCCGUGUGAAUCUUGACUACAUCCCUGACUAUUCCAAGCUUCCCAAACCCACAAAGUCAGUCUCCGAGGAGUGGGAAGAGCAACGCUGUAAUUACGAGAGAUACAGAUUUCUGGUUCUAAACCAGUUUAAACGGGUUUCGGAACAGGAUGCGCUGGCAGUGAUCGACGUUGAGGAGAUGUUCCAUAUUCCAGGGAAAUCCUCAGGUGGAAAUAGUGGCGGUGGAUUCAGAGAGAAGGCAAAGUCUCAGGCAAGAGCGGCCAUUGGGUAUUCGUACGGAGGGACGUCAGAGGAGGCUGCGCAGGCCAUGAGAGACGAGCAGUUGCUGGCAGAGUACCUCGGGGAAGACGAUGGGGAGGGAGAGGACAAGGUUUUCAGUAGCGAGAGUGAAUAUGAAGUGGAUGUUGAUUUGGACGACUAUAGUCCAGCCGAUGUCGACAGACUGAAUGUACUGGCUCUUGAGUAUGGAGUGGCAGCGAGCUCCUUCAGCAAGAAUCUUCGUACGGAGAAGAAGAGCAUGGAAGAAGCAAAGCAGGCCCGCAUCUCAGACAUUGAGAAGGCUUCCAUGCCAGUCCGUACAGCGUACCACAUACCUCUCUCUCCUUUCAGGACACCCACCUGCUAAUAUGGCGUCCUGAUUCAUGUGGUGUCCUGAUUCACUUAUUAUGGUGUCCUGAUUCACCUAAUAGUGUCCUGGUUUGCCUAAUAUGGUGUCCUGAUUCUUGGCUAUACACGACGCAACUUUUUGCAUGAAAUAAAUUCUCACAUGCAACUGCUAAAGUAUGGGUAUGAUGGGCCUGUGCAAGCAUUUGUAUUACAUUUGAAACUGGGGUGAGAAUUUGUCCCACACAACCAAGUUGUAUCGUGUGUAUCGUGGCCUUAAUAAGGUGUCCUGAUCACAGAGACUCCGCCCCCUUUUCUCCAGGGUCGAAGGUCACGGAGAGAGCGCCGCCAGAUGAGGGAGCGUGCUCCGCGCAGGGUUUUGACUCCGCCCACCUACGCCCAGAGGGGAAGCCCAACGUAUGAAACCUACAACAAACCAGAACAGAGGAGCCGGUCAAGUUCUCGUUCCAGCACUCCUGGGGAGGGGAAAGUGGAAUUUAUCACCGAGUUUGGAGGAGACGAUGAAGGGGGCGGGGCCAAUCAGCCUCUUGGCCACGCCCACCAAUCAGGCAGUCGUGAAGCGGUACCGAAAUCUGGGAGAGACGGCAGGAGUGGAGCUGGGGAAAGGCGAGGGAGAAACAGUCAGUCUUCGAGACACCGCUCACGCUCACGUUCUCCGAGACGUAGAAAUUCUCGUUCUCCAAGACGUCGGAAUUCCCAUUCCCAUUCCUUGAGACGCAGAGAUUCACGUUCCCAUUCCCCGAGACAGAGGGAUUCACAUUCCCGUUCUCCCAGACGCAGAGAUUCCCGUUCCAGAGGCAGAGACACCCGUUCCAGAUCCAGGGACAGCUCUCACAAGAGGUCCCAUCGCUCGUCCAGUAGAGAGAGAAAGAGGCAGAGAAGUGGAAGUCAGAGCAGAGAGCAAGACCACACCCACCAAUCCUUCAGUGGAAGUCAGAGCAGGGAUCAAGACCACACCCACCAAUCCUUCAGUGGAAGUCAGAGCAGAGAGCAAGACCACACCCACCAAUCCUUCAGUGGAAGUCAGAGCAGAGAGCAAGACCACACCCACCAAUCAAGCAGCAGCAGUAGUACUAGUGUUACAGCAAGUAGUGAGGCCACACCCCCUAGCAAGAACAAAUUACCUCAGACAUCAAAAGCGACUAAUAAACCAACAAAAGAAAAGGCGAAGCUAACUCCUCAAGAACGGCUGAAAAAGAAGAUGCAGGCACAGCUCUCGAGGCAGUUCAAGCAGGACAAGAAGCUACAGAAGGAAAGAGAGUAUAAAAAGGAGUCCGAGAGAAUUGUAGGGGAAGUUAUUUACCAGCGGGAAGACUACGCGAUUCAUCUCCUCGCUUCACCUUUUCCCUGCCUCUUUCUCUCUAUUACAAGGGUGUCCUUUUACUGGCUACUGUAGCCUCUCUAUCUAUUGUAGAAGGAUGUGACACAAAGGCAAUGUCUAGAGAAUCUACUGUUUCAUGUCUGCAGGGAAGAGAGGAAGAAAUGAGAGACCAGAUGAGGAGAAUUAAAGAAAGGGAUCGCUCCAACUGUGAUCGCGAAGGCCGCAUUUCUCGUUCUCCUAGUCCCUAUGGUUACACCUCCGCCCAUUAUGAUCACUACUAAAGAGGAUGUGAUGUAUAUAUGUGUAUGUGUUGAAGUUUUUUUUUUUACUUUCUAUACUGUGUUGUACACAUUUUACACACACUUACAUACGAUCGAUGAUUAAACGUGGAAUG